AAUCCACUUGCUGAGACUGGUCGAAGCAAACUGCAAAACCAAAGAGCUGUCUUAAACCAACAGAUCUUAAGAGCAGUAAGAAUGAGAGCUGGUGCUGAAAAUCUUUUAAGAGCAACCAACAACAACAAAGUACGAGAGCAGGUACUACUGGAAUUGAGUUUCGUAAACUCAGACCUGCAGAUCUUAAAGGAGGAACUGGAAGGACUUAAUAUCUCCGUAGAAGUUUAUCAAAAUACAGAAGAGACUUUCAGCAUUCCCUUGGUACCUCUUGGCCUGAAAGAAACCAAAGAAGUAGACUUUACACUCCCCCUCAAGGACUUUAUUCUGGAACAUUAUAGUGAAGACAGUUCUGAGUAUGAAGACGAAAUAGCAGAUCUCAUGGAUCUGAGACAAGCCUGCCGCACUCCCAGCCGAGAUGAAGCUGGCAUUGAGAUGUUGAUAAGCUAUUUCCUUCAACUUGGUUAUGUAGAAAACAGAUUUUUCCCACCCACCAGGCACAUGGGAGUUUUAUUUACAUGGUAUGAUUCCUUCACAGGUGUCCCAGUGUGUCAGCAAAAUAUGUUGCUUGAAAAAGCUAGUAUUUUAUUCAACAUUGGAGCCCUCUACACCCAGAUUGGAACAAGAUGCAAUCGUCAGACCCAGGCUGGACUUGAAAAUGCUGUUGAUGCUUUCCAGAGAGCUGCAGGAGUCCUAAGCUACUUAAAGGAGACCUUUACUCACACACCAAGUUAUGAUAUGAGCCCAGCUAUGCUGAACGUACUAGUGAAAAUGAUGCUUGCACAAGCUCAAGAGUGUGUUUUUGAGCAGAUUGGUCUUCCUGGAAUACGCAAUGAGUUUUUCACGCUAGUAAAAAUGACAGAGGAAGUUGCCAAGGUGGGAGAGGUUUACAUGCUGGUUAACACUGCGAUGAAUCAGGAACCAGUGAAGGAGAAUAUCCCCUAUUCCUGGUCUAAACUGGCACAAAUAAAGUCAGACCAUUACAAAGCUCUUGCGCAUUACUUCAUUGCCACCAUUCUGUGUGACCAUGAAUUGCAGUCUGGUGAUGAUGAAGAUCAGCAAGGGAAAGCCUUGUCCCAGUUGUACGACUACAUGCCUGAAGGACUGAUGGUUCUCACCGUUUUAAAGGACAAAGUUCAGAGAAAACAAUUAGGGAAAGCGCAUUUACGCAAAGCCAUUGUUUACCAUGAAGAAGCUCUAAGAGUUUGUGGUCUGUGCAAAAAGCUUCGAAACAUUGAUGUUCUUCAGGAGGUUCUGACAGCUGCACAUAAGCGCUCACUUCUUAAAUAUGCUCAGCAAGAGACAGAAGAUGACUUUCUCAGUCUAAUCCAGGCUCCGGACAUCGUUUCUAAAAUGGAGCAUAAAAUAGAAACAAUUGCCCCUCAGUUUUCCAAGGUGAAAGUUAAAGACUUGUUUCACAGGCUGGGCCCACUGACAGUCUUCUCAGCCAAGCAGAGAUGGACAGCUCCACGUACCAUUCGUAUCUACCAUAAAGCAGGAGAGCUAGGAUUCAGUCUUAAAGGAGGUUCGCCAGUACAGAUUUAUUGUCUCGAUCCAGUUUGUUCUGCAGCAUCGUUGGGCCUAAAAGAAGGUGACUACAUUGUUUCAGUUGGCGGUGCAGAUUGCAAGUGGCUUGGAGUGAAUGAGGUGCUGGAAAAAUUCAAAAGCAUGGGAGAGCAGCCCAUUGAGAUUGAGGUUAUCAGUUGCCAGGAUACAGCGACAUCUAUGCACAGUAAGAGUGCAACUUACUCUGUGGGAAUGCAGAAGACAUACUCCUUAAUCUGUUUGGCCAUGGAAGAGGGUAAGACUGAUCACACCAAGAAAGCCCCACUGAAACUGCCUUUUCUAAGUUGGGGAACUAAAAAUAGACAGAAAGCUGCAAGCACCCUCUGCCUUCCUGCAGCUGUGGCUGGAAGUUCUCAGAUUAAGAAGAAGCUUUCUCCCUUCACACUUCUGAGUACGGAAAGUUCAUUGUACUGAAUCUUUCAGAAGGAUCUGUUAACAUGACAUUUUUCUUUAAAAUGUGUAUAAAAAUAUUGAUCAAUUUUAUCUUUAUAUAUACAUGUGUAUAAAUUCAGACAAAUGCCCUUGUCUUCAUUUACUGUGUAGUGAACCACUAUGAAGGUCAGAGGCUGGCAAAAACUCUAAAACUUAAGUAUUUGAAGGUUAGAAUGAAGUAGUUUGGGAGGUAUGCAAUAGCAGGAUGUAGAUGAUAAAAUUGCUUACAUGAGGACAGGAGUCCUUUGGAAUUUCAAAAUACAGCAUCCUAAUUUUUUUUAUAGCUAUGAUAGAUGGGAGUUAUUUAUUACAAACUUGAUGCUGCAUGCAAAACAAUAGGGGUCACAUUAAAAGAUGAUUUUGCUGUAAAAGUUUAGAGUCAAUAAUAAAUCAUUUAACACUAUUUUAAAGAAUUAUCUUAAACCACAGGCAAGAGAAGAGUGUUAUUCAGAGAAACUAGCCUUGUGCCAAGGGGCAGUGUCACGUAGUUGUGUUUUUUAUACAUAGACAUUCUCUUUCUGAGAGUACUAGAUGUAUUCUACUGAACAGUUAAUUUAAUUCUGGAAGAGAAUUAAAAGGCUUAAAGUCAGAUCUUUUGAACUACA